AUGUCUGCAGAUUCUGAUUUUCGAUUUUCUGAGGAAUAUGAACAAUUAAGAAGUGUUGGGUUAGGUCAGAGUUGUAUUGCUGCAGAUUUAGCUCCGAAUAGACCAAAAAAUCGUUUCACAAAUAUUCUUCCGUAUGAUCAUUCUCGUGUAAAAUUAAAACAAACAGAUGACGAUGAUGGUUCUGAUUAUGUUAAUGCUUCAUAUAUUCCCGGUUUUAAUUCUCGACGUGAAUUUAUUGCUGCACAAGGACCUUUGCCUUCAACUCGCGAUCAUUUUUGGCGAUUAGUUUGGGAGCAACAAGUUCCAGCAAUUAUAGCGUUAACAAAAUGUGUGGAGAAAGGACGGGAUAAAUGCCAUCAAUAUUGGCCAGAUAAUCGCCAAAGAAGUGUUCUUUAUGCGGACAUUGAAGUUACAUUAUUAACUGAAUCUAUUGACUACGAAGAAUUUACAAUUAGAGAAUUACGUUUAACAAACCUUUCAGAGCCUGGACAACAGCCCAGAACUGUCUUACAUUUACAUUAUCAAGCGUGGCCUGAUUUUGGAGUACCUGAACACCCUGUUGGAAUUGUUCAUUUUGCACGUUUAUUUCGCAAUAAAUUACCUCCUUCCCCUUCCAAUAAACCAACCAUUGUGCAUUGUUCUGCUGGCGUUGGCCGUUCUGGAACUUUUAUUGCAUUGGAUAGGCUUAUUCAACAUAUUGAAUGUGGAAAACCUAUCGAUGUAUUUGGGGCUGUCUUUGAAAUGAGACUUGAACGUUGUCAUAUGGUGCAAAAUGAACAACAAUAUAUAUUUAUCCAUCAAUGCCUUCAAUAUGUUCUAGAAAAUUUCUAUCCAUUUUUGUCUACCAACAAUUUAAUAACAACAACAAUAAUUCCCCCUACCCCAACAACAACAACCACAAAUUCUUUAUUAUUAAAUUCACAACAAUUUUCACCAGGAAAACGUUCCUUUCCCCCAACAUUUUCUUCAAAUAAUAACGGACAUUUACCCUUUACUUGUUCUUAUUCUUCCCCAAUAACUAGUUCUCCUCAAUUAACAACAAAUAAUCGAGAAAAUACUAGUUUUUGGCAAACAACAAAUAAUAAUUUCCAAAAUUUUAACAAUUUCCACCAACAAAAAUCCCCAAGAAUCGAUUCACAACAACAACAAAAUCGCCAAAAUUUUCAUAAUAACGAAGGAUUUUUUAAAGAUGAGGAUAUUGAUGAAGGGAUAGCCGAAAGUGGAUUAUAA